AUGGCUCGUGUGAAGCACACCCCGGAGUCCGCCGAGGAGAGCACUCCGGCGCCCUCGCCUGCCAAAGAGAUGGAGAAGAAGCGCAUGGAGUGGGAUCAUGAGAUGGACCGCAAGCUCUUGGCGGGAAUGGGCCAUGUGAAUGGCGCCCCCAACUACCUGGCGCUGGCCAAGUUCGUGGACCCGAAUUGCUCGAUUCGUGCGGUUCAGCAUCGCCUGAUUGAUGUCAAAAAAGAUUAUCCCUGGCCUGCCGGCAUGGACAAGGAGGGGAACAUCGUUGGCCAGUCGGGUGUCCUGCCGGGUUCGUUCGAGGCUACUCGAAAGCGCAAGUCCACUGGAAACACCACAAAGGCUGCCUCCGGCAAGGUGAAGAAGGCGACGAAAGACACCGAGCCUAGUACUGCGGCCGGUCCUGAGCCCAAGACCGAGGCAGAUGCCAAGAAGAAAGCUUCCUCUUGA